CCUCUCGGCCGGGUCUUGCUGGAGCCGCGGGCGAGAGCGAAGAUGGCGACGUGGGCGUGCGGGAUGCCGGCGCGGCGCUUGCUGCUAAUGGCGGCGCUGCGGGGCGGAGACCCUUGCCUGGCCCGCGGAAGCGGCGGGGCCCGGGACUACUCCAAAGACCACGAAAGCAGCUGGUUCCGUUCCCUCUUCGUCCACAAAGUGGACCCCCGAAAGGAUGCUCAUUCCAACCUCCUGUCAAAGAAAGAGACCAACCACUUGUACAAGAUACAGUUCCACAAUGUGAAACCUGAGUGCCUGGAUGCCUAUAACAACCUGACGGAGCAGGUACUUCCAAAGCUGCACUCGGACUCGGACUACCCCUGCGACCUGGUUGGCAACUGGAAUACUUGGUACGGUGAACAGGACCAGGCAGUGCACCUCUGGCGAUUCACCGGUGGCUACCCAGCCCUCGUGGACUGCAUGAACAAGCUGAAACAGAACCAGGAGUACCUGGAAUUCCGGAAGGAGAGGAGCAAAAUGCUGCUGUCCCGAAGAAACCAGCUGCUAUUGGAGUUCAGCUUUUGGAAUGAGCCUUUGCCACGACCUGGGCCCAAUAUAUAUGAACUGAGGACGUACAAGCUGAAACCUGGGACCAUGAUUGAGUGGGGAAAUAACUGGGCACGGGCCAUUAAAUAUCGCCAAGAGAACCAGGAAGCUGUGGGCGGCUUCUUCUCACAGAUCGGGGAGCUGUACAUCGUGCAUCACUUGUGGGCCUACAGGGACCUGCAGUCUCGAGAGGAGACGAGGAAUGCUGCCUGGAGAAAGCGAGGGUGGGAUGAGAACGUUUAUUAUACAGUGCCUCUGGUCCGGAGCAUGGAAUCACGAAUCAUGAUCCCCUUGAAGAUCUCCCCCUUGCAAUGAUGCUGUCGCCAGGCGCCCUCUCUCCGCACAAAACACGCAGAAAGAAAUUGAGCUGGACACAUUUUCCUCCGCCCGGAUCCUCUCUGCACUCUUUUCUGACCUUCUCCUCACCCCAUCACCUGCCCCCCACCUUCUCUUGCCGUUUUGUCUGGAGACCCAUCUCCUUGCCUUCCUCCUCCCUUUCCCUUCCAGUCUCUUGGUUUCCAGAAGGUGCGUCGGAAUCCUGCUGAGCUCAUCUUUUUGAUGCUGAGAAGCUUGGAGGCUUGACGUGUUGCCAUAGAUGGGCGACCCAGUCUGGCUUGUUCCAGAGGCUGAUGAUUCUUUGGAUGAAACUGCUGAGGGGGUGCUGGCUGUUGCUUGUUGUGGCAUACACAAUUAUCUUGAGAUUCAUUAAGAGGCCCCUGCUCCCCUCCUGGAACUACAGUUCCCAGAGUUCCCUGGGGAAAGGGAUUGAUUAUUAAACCGAUCUGGGAAUUGUAGUGCUGGGAGGGGAAUAUCCGACGCGGGUUCUGCGGCUUCCGAUUGGCUGCAGGAGCUUCCUGCAGCCAAUUGGAAGCCGCGCCUUGGUUUCCAAACGUUUUGGAAAUUGAAUGGAAGUUGAAUGGUUUCCGUUCAACUUCCGAGGUACGACUAUUAUGCGCAACAGGGUAGCGUUCUCGGUAAUGUAUUGAAUGUGUACUUCGGGUGUGGGGAACCUUUAUAACCUGCUGGAUGUUGCUGAACUAUAAUUCCCAUGGUCACGCUGGCCUUGCUUGCUGGAAGUUGUAGUUCUGCAGCCUCUGAAAGGCCAAAAGUGUCGUCCUCCUUGCCUGCUUAGCUUGGUCUCUCUAUAAUGCACAGACCGAAAAAUCCCUGGUGGUUUAAAUGUGGUCGCCCAGCUGUGAGUUAAGAGAGGAGGUGGAGAGAGACAAGGUCCUCUCAAUGGCACAAUUCAUCUUUUCUCUUGACCAGUUACCCAUCUCUGUGUAGCAUAGUGAGGCUGUGCUUGUUCUUAUUUUAAGUGCUCUUCUGCCUAGGGACCAUGUUAAAACAGCCUAGCUGCACAUGCAAUAAAAUAUUUAAUAUACUA